GUCGUUAUUACCAAAGUUAGUAUUGGACAGACAUGCCAGCUCAUCUGAUUACAUUGGCAGCCACAAGGCGGUGAGGCCACUCUGGAUUGUCCCCGCAACUUCAUCUAUCCCAGCUGUCAACUUUCCCCGACGUCACCUAUUCCCGUCCAUCCAUUUCGCACCACCCUCUCAAAAUGAAGCUCGUCUACAUCGGAGUCCUGCAAAAUGCGCAAACCCCGGCGGUCGAGCUCUGCGCCGAACGCGAGCUGAGCAGCUACUCGCGCUUCACCAGAAACAGCGUCUCCGAGUUCACCACCAUGUUCAGCAAGACCGUGGCCGAACGCACGAAACAGGGCCAGAGACAGGAUAUCCAGGAACAAGAUUUCACCUUCCACGUCUACGCUCGCACCCAGGGAAUUGCCGGUGUGAUCAUCAGCGACAACGAAUACCCCUCCCUGGCCGCCCAUCAGAUCCUGUCCAAGAUGCUCGACGAGUUCCUCGCCCAGCACCCCAAUGCGGGGGCCUCACGUGACCCCGUUUCCUUCCCGGCGCUCAAGACCUACAUUACCUCCUACCAGGACCCGCACCAGGUGGAUAGCAUCAUGAAGAUCCAGAAGGAGCUGGACGAGACCAAGAUCGUGCUCCAUAAGACCAUCGAGAGUGUAUUGGAACGAGGCGAGAAGAUCGACGAUCUGGUGUCGAAGAGUGAGGGGCUGAGCGCGCAGAGCAAGAUGUUCUACACGUCGGCCAAGAAACAGAACUCGUGCUGGGCAAAUGACAGGGAGGCCACGUUGACGGUCCUUACAGCGGGUCCUGCCGAGUGUGAUGGUGGUUCUCUCCGAUCCAACCGCAGAGAUCUCGCCUGCACAAAAUCGCUCAAGAGGCGGUAUUGA